ACGGACCAGAAGCUCAGUCCUAGCCAGAGCAACUCAACAGACUUUGAUCUUCAGCGACCCACAUCGUCAGAAGCUCAAACUCAGACAGCAGUGGAGUGAUGGCCACAAGACAGGAUUCCCACACAGCACAGAUCCUAAAGACUCUGCUGGUAUCGGCCUUGGUCCUUACGCUGUUCAUGGAUGGUGUGAACGCCGAGAAGAUCAGGCUAAUGGUCAACAAUGAUCUUUCCAAACCAUCUUCUCACAUCUCAGCCAUAAAUGGAAGAUCUCUUUCACCAUGGAAAAGCAUCACCACAAUAGACAGCAACAGGAUCCCAAAGUACAUCAGUGAGGCCCGGUGUCUGAAGCAGGGCUGCGUCUGGCCCAACGGGACGGAAGACUGGGGUCUGGAGUCCGUGCCCAUCCAGAUCGAAGUGCUGGUUCUGAAAAGGUCCAGCAAGGUCAGAGGUCAACGGAAAGGGAGACGGAGGUCUCGGACGGGCUUGUACGAGCCAAGCUAUCAGGUCAUCACUGCGGGCUGUACGUGUGUCCGGCCCAAAGUUGUCAGAUAUGACUGACUGAGAUGAGACAGCACCAUUUUGUGGUGAAUCAGCAGAACUGUAGCCCCAAGGAAUGGAAUCUUUUUUUUUUGAGUGGGGAUGAAGAUGUUUUGAUACUAUUGUUUAUUGGACAUUAAUUAUAUUAUUUAUAUUUAUACUUCGAGCUCCUGAAUACUGUAUUAUAAUCUUCAUCUGCGAGCGCUGUUGUACUUAAUUUAAUUUAAUAAAUUAUAGAAGAAAUGCACAUAACCAGCAUUGCUUGCACUGCUUAUGAUAUUUUUGCCUUUUUCCAGCUUCAUAACUGACACACUUCCAAUAAAUACAUUGGCAAAUGUAUUAUUAAUACAUUUAAUAAUAAUAUUAUUAUUAUUACAUUCCAGUAUUAUGUUUACAUGUUACUUACAGUAUAUUGGUUGAAUUGUAGAUCCACUGAAUGCCUUUGGAAACACUGCUACACAGCCAUACAAAUAAA